CUCUCUCCAUUUAUUGUCAGACCAAAAAAACAAUCUCAACUCUCAACUCUAUUCUUGUUGAUCAAACACUCUUUAAGAUUUAUAGCCUAUUUGUUUUGUUAUGAUUCUGAUCUGUUUUGCCGCCAGUGCAUGAUCAGAUAAUAAUCCAGGCAUCUCUCUCUCUUUAAAAGCAACUUUUCUGUUUUUCCAUUUCAAAGCCCCUCUUUGAUGGAGAUCACAGGCACCCAUCAACAACCCUUUACCUCUCAGCCACAUGCAACAGACCUAUUGAAUUGAAUUGAAUUGAUUAGCUUCUCUUUGCUUCUUCCUCAGGAUACACUGUAAUUGGACAGCCUAAUCCACCACCUCAUAUCUCUUCUCUGUGCCUUCUGUUUCCUGCUUCUCUUCCCUUCUGCUUCUGGUUAUUAGCCUUCCCCUCCCCUCCUCUUCUGUAGAAGCAUAGAAUUAGAUGAUGUCGGAUAAUAUUCUGACGAAGCCUGACAACAGUGACGAUAACCAGAUAUCCGGUGGUGGAAGCCGUAAGACGGCGGCGGCAUCAGUGAGGCUACCGGAGCCACCCUUGAAAUGCCCACGAUGCGAUUCUCCCAACACCAAGUUCUGCUACUACAACAAUUACAGCCUUACACAGCCACGGCAUUUCUGUAAGACGUGUAGGAGGUAUUGGACCAAAGGUGGAGCUCUACGCAACGUUCCCAUUGGCGGUGGUUGUCGCAAGAACAAGAGGAUGAUUAAAUCAAUUUCUAAGGUUUCUUAUGGCGAUUCAAAGGACUCCGCCACAUCAUCUCACUCUGGUAGUGGAUUCAAGCUCUUUCAGGGACUUUCUCCUUCCAUGGACUUCCAACUUGGUGGUGUUGGUGUUGGUGUUGGUGGUGGUGGUGGUAUUGGUGGGGGGCUCCCUUUCUCUAUACUUCAUUCUUCCACAACCAAUUCUGUUUAUAGUUCUAAUAACAACCAUCAAUUCGUCUCUUUGGGAGGAGACUUAUCUUCAGCUGCUGCUGCUGCAACUGCAACAAAUCCUUCCUGUUUUGAUUCAUGGGGUUCCACUAGGAAGGCGGAGGUAUUAAGAAUGAGUUCUACACAAGUCCCUAACAUUGAUAUCGAUGAUGCUGUUGGAACAGGUGCUUCAGGGUCCUUGAUGGGUUUUAACCUAAGCAGCUAUCCUAUUGGGAUUGGGGGUGGGGAUUUCAAAUCCGAUGGUGGGAUUAGGGAUAUGGGUUCCAUGAAUGUUCACAGUAGCCUUGCUUCUUCUAUUGAAUCUUUGAGUUAUAUUAAUCAAGAUCUUCACUGGAAAUUGCAGCAACAGAGAUUGGCUAUGCUUUUUAGUGGAGAAACGCCUAAGGAUGGAGAAGAUAUUGUUUCAGCUCUUCCUAGUGUACCUGAAAUCCAAUCACAGAAACCAGAACCCAUUUCCUUUCAGAAUCUGGGGAUCUUUGAGAACAACACUCACACCCCAACCUCCACUACCACCACUGCCACCAAGAACAACAACAGUGGCAGCAAUGAAAUCGAUAAUUCAAGCAACUGGAAUGGAAUUCAAGCAUGGACUGAUUUGCAUCAGUAUAGUGAGUUGCCCUAGUAGAGAGCAGGAGGAGGAGAACUAAA